AUGAUGUCUAAGUUCCAAGAAAUUUUCACGUAUCAAGAGAACAAUUCGAUUGAUUAUAUUCUCCAGAAAUGCAGAAAAAGGCACAGCAAAGGCGCUAGCUCUAAACUGGUUCUUAAUAAAUUGUACACCAGCUUAUAUGAGUACACCCAGCCAUUACGAGACAAAAGGAACAUUUCGGAACUUCGGAACUUUUUCAAAGUCACAGAGACGGCAAUAAUUGAUGGAGAUGCUGAUCUCAAAUUAUUUGAACAACUUGAGAAAGACAUUAUUAACAAAAGAAAUGAGCGCGAUAUCUUGAAACUGGCCAUUGAUCUUGUAAUAAAGUUUCCGUCAGAAUCAACAGUGGGACCAUGGAGCAGCUUGACAACAAUCCGUAGAAAUUUAAUGGAGAGAUCCAAUAUUGACAUGACGGCCCAAGAUUUGGAAAUGUAUUUGCAGAGUAACUUGCAAGAUAAUGUAUUCUGCGCUAUCCCAAACUUCUGGGACUGUUUCUUUGAAAAAAAGGACUGGACCGACCAGGCUUCUCGUAUAUGGGAAAGCUAUAAAAAGUAUGAGGUUGCUGAGGAGAAUAAAAGAUCGAGGGAGCUAAAAGCAAAAAAUACCGCAAAAGGCGUCGAGGAACAAAAACGUCUUCAUAAUGACAAAGAAGAGAAAAUCCUAGAAGAAGGCAUGACUGAAAGUGAGACAUGGGACUGGCUUACCUUCUUUGAGGAGAAUUUUCUUAAUCAGCUCAAUGGUCGCACAACAAGGUCCACAAAAUAUCCCAUCGUCAUCGAAGAUAAGGGCGCCCAUCUGCGAGGGCGGUAUUGUCGUACAAAUAGGACGCAACGUGCUCAGGAGUCUACGGGUACUACUCAGAUCGACUUACUGAUUAAAAGCAUUGACAUACAGGAUAAUGAUGUUGAUUGGGAAAACAUGAACGUUGGAGCUGAGUUCACAGUAUCACCGAGUAAGUCUAUAAGAAAGAAAAAGUUCCUUCAACUAUCAAGAUGUGCUCGUGAAGUAUACUGCGCUCAGCCCCUGCGGCGAUUUAUGCACGGAUUUCUGAUGUUUAAAGAAGAAUUCGAACUCUGGGUUUUCGAUCGCUCGGGGGCUUACAGCUCGGGCAGAAUGGGUAUUAUAGAUAGCAAGGAGAUUUUUGUGCGAGCACUAUGCUCGUAUUUGUUGAUGAGCGAUGAAGAACUUGGCCGUGACAUGUCAAUUCUGCGAAAAAAUGGACAAUCCACAGCAAAUUUCACAGGAAGUGAUGGUAACUCAGACCAAAUAUUUGAGAUCAAACCUAAGCCUGUCAUACAGUCAACGACCCUGGUCACUAGAGGGACGACCUGCUAUAAGACGAAGGACAAAUCAACCAUGAUAAAGUACUCGUGGAGCAGGUCUGCGGAUAACGCCGAAGUCAGAUUCAUGAAGGAUGCACUUCCAUUACCAGGUGUCGUGAAGUAUAGAGCAUCACAGUUAGUAUAUCAGACUAACAGUCACCUGGGAAACCUCGAUCUUUCCGGCGCUGAUCCCUGGGAUUUAAAGGCCGACGAUUAUAAUGUAACCUAUGGGUCUAACUACCAUGCUAUGACAAUACCGUCUUUGGAAAGAAAUCGAUUUCUUUUCAGGAUUGCAAUGACACCAUGUGGCAGAAAAAUUGACACAUGCGGGUCGAUCCUUGAUUUUGUGGCCGGAAUUAGAGAUGCGAUCAAGGCUCACCAGAGGCUUGUCGAUAUUAGUAUCUUACAUGGAGAUAUUUCCGAAGGAAAUAUUAUCCUGAAAGAUCCAACUACAGAUGAUGAUUCCCAUAGUAUGCUGAUUGACUUUGAUUGUUCUGUGAGGUUGAAAGGAAAUGUCGCAGAGGACGAAGAACUGUUCUUAACAGGCACCGUGAAGUUCAUGGCAAUUGAGAGAUUAAAAUCCGCUGCGAAUUCAAAGCCUACGAUCCGACGAACUUAUCGCCAUGAUCUAGAAUCAUUCUUCUACGUGUUUGUUGUAGGAUGCAUAGAGUACGAAUCUGCAGAUGAGGCGAAGCUUCGAAAUCUGGACAAAUGGUGUAAGGGUGAAAUUGAUACUUGCUACUCGUCUAAAUAUACGGAUCUUUCAGAUCUUGAAAUGAUUCUUGAUAAGUUCACGCCCAGUUUCGAAGGACUAAAGGAGCUAGCCAAGAAUCUCAGAACAAUUCUAUUUAGAGACGGAACAUUUUUCGCAACACCUGAAGAUCGUGGAUCAAUAUACAGGAGAAUGAUUAUGGCUUUUGACGAAACUAUCGAGGACAUCAAAACCGGAAGAAUCACGAAUUCAACCUUCAUAGCACGUCGGUAUCAGACCACCAGUCCAGCUUUUAUUCGCCGAAAUUUAAUUCCUAAUUUCCCUGUUAGGUAG